CAUGCCUCUGCGUGCGUGCAUGCUUGCGUGCGUGCGUGCAUGCGUGCUUUCCGUUCCGCCGUGCUGUCAGUUCCGUCGUCGUGAGAGAAGAGAGCCUGUCUCGUUGUAACGCGCCGCGAGUGAGUUUCCUCCGUUUUUAUCUCAGCGCGAGAAGAACUUGGAUUUUGCCUAUCUCACGCGCGAGAGAGCGAUAUUUCGCGCGAGUUGUAACGAGCAGAAACACGGCGCGACGCCGCGUGUCGGAGUUCUGAAUAAUGACUCGGUCGAGGCGCAAAGUCAUCGACUCGAGAAUACCCAGAAGGGAGAAGAGCGAUCUACACGCAAGGCCGAUCGAUCGACGGAUCAUCAUGGAUUCACGCUGUGGAACAUUAUGCUAAUCGCCCUUACAGAAUGCGGGAGGAAGAGCUCGAGAUAUCACUCAAGGUGGUGAUAGUAGGCAAUGGUGCCGUGGGGAAAUCGUCGAUGAUUCAAAGGUUCUGCAAAGGUACAUAUACGAGGGACUACAAGAAAACGAUCGGCGUGGACUUCCUGGAGCGUGAGAUCGAAGUCGACGGCGAGGAUGUAAGACUCAUGUUGUGGGAUACCGCGGGACAGGAAGAAUUCGAUGCGAUCACCGCGGCUUAUUAUCGCGGCGCUCAUGCCUGUGUCCUCGCUUAUUCCGCCACCGACAGAGACUCCUUCGACGCUAUUCCCUCGUGGAAGCUCAAGGUGGAGAACGAAUGCGGAGAAAUUCCCACGGUCCUGGUGCAAAACAAGAUCGACCUCGUCGAUCAGUGCGUGAUCGAUCCAGAUGAAGCCGAGAGGCUCGGCCGCGCCUUGGACUGCAAGCUUUUGCGGACAUCCGUGAAGGAGGACAUCGGCGUGAUGAGCGUUUUCCGGCACUUGGCGUCGCGAUGCCUGCACGAGAUGCGGCGCUCCGACGACGACUAUCAGGACGACCUGAGAUUGUAUUCCGCGGAACCCAGAUCUCCCUCCGUCAUCAGUGCGUUCAAUCCGGACGGAUCGAUGUGCGGCCGUAACGCCGGUAACGGAACGAUAAUCCUUCGACCGGGCGGCAAAACGAAGAAUCACAAGAAACGUAAUUUUGUGAAAAAUGCCUGCAGACUGUUGUAGGCGUGUUCCUAAUAUCGUUACAGUGUGUGCGCGCGAACCGACAAACGUUACAUAUCGACAAUCGACAUAUCGCGCGAGAGCGUUGAGAAUCACACGAGGUGCUUUGUAAAUAUACACAGUUUAUUAUGUAUAUGUGUGAAGAACGAUAUAUAAAUUUACAAUGUUCGGUAGUGUAAGCUCGUCAAAAUUUCUAACAGACUAUAUAUAUAUAUAUAUGCGAUAAUGAUAUAACACGCAACACAUAAUAUACGUAUAACAUUUUAGAAAUUUAUAUUAAUAACCAAUGAAGAAAAAGGUAAUAAUGCUCAUAACGUUAACCAAAUAAUGUAGAUUGUAAGGAUUUUUGAAAGAGAUUAAAAACGUCAGUUACUGACUGUGUGUGCGUAUUGCCAACUUUAUUACGAAUGAAAAACUAACAACGAUAAGUACGACGCUCAAUUGGCGAAUAAACGCUCGCCGCAUUCUCUCCAAUCACCACCUUUCCUUAAAUCACGUCGUAUUUGUCGAUUACGGACUUGAUAGGAUUAAAACCAAUGUUAAUAUUAACGUAGGAUUUAUAGUGACGAUAAGGAUAAUAAUAACAACAAUGUAAGGUAUUUACAGAGUUCAAUCACAGGGAAAUUUAAGUUUAUCUCAAGAUUGCAAUGAGAUAUAUAUAUAUAUAUAUAUGUAUAAUCCAACAACUCAGCUCCGACAAAAACUUGAUAAAUUACAAAUACCAAAAUAAAAAUGCGUUUCUAAACGUCGGUGCGAGCUACAAAUCUCCUAGGGGUAAACAAUAAUUGUUUAAAUCUAUUGUAUAUGUUACAUUGUUCUUGUGUUCAUUCUUUUAUAUACUGUAGAAACACAAUAAAAGUUUUUUUGUACAUUUGUACUAGAAAGUAGAGUAAUACGGGUUUUGAGUCAAAUCUCAACAGACGAUCUCUCUCAAACGUGUACUCGAACGUAGACAGAACAAAAGAAAGACAACACGUACUUCGAAUCAUCCAUCAAGACUUUUAUUCUUGAUUUUAUGAUUAAAAAUCAGAUAUAAAUCACACAAACAGAAAAAUUU